AUGGAGCUUAAGCACCAACUUGGUCUUCUUUGCGUUAUAUUGCUUUUACCAGCACUAAGCAUCGCCACUAAUAAUGACUAUUGCCCUUUGAAUUCUUAUAAGAACUCUAGGGCAUCCUAUUAUGGCACCCGUGAUGGUUAUGGGACUCCAAGUGGAGCAUGUGGAUUUGGCGAAUAUGGAAGAAUGGUCAAUGAUGGCAAGGUUGCAGCGGUAUCUUCUGGGCUAUGGAAAGGUGGAAGUGGCUGCGGUGCAUGCUAUCAGGUUAAAUGUAAAGUACCAACAUUGUGCAAAGUCAACGGGGUAACCGUGGUGGCAACAGAUUAUGGUGAGGGAGACAGAACAGAUUUCAUACUGAGUCCACGCGCUUUUGAGAGUUUGGGUGUGAGUCUUAAUGCAUCUAAAGAGCUCAAAAAAUACGGUACUCUUGAUAUUGCAUACAAGAGAGUUCCUUGCAAUGGCAAGAUUGUUAUUAAGAUCCACGAAAGUAGCAGCAACCCUGGAUACUUUGCUAUGGUGCUUCUCAGCCAUGGUGGAUUAUACGAUGUCACUAGUGUUGAAUUCUGGGAGGAUUCACGCAAACAAUGGAGUCCAUUGCGUAGAGCUUAUGGGGCAGUGUUUGACUAUGCUAACCCACCAAGGGGUCCACUCUUCUUGAGGUUCCAAGUGACUGGUUGUUAUGGAGCUUAUUGGCAAAAACUAAAUAAACCUAUCCCUGCUAAUUGGCAGCCGAAAAUGAUUUUUAACUUUUGACAAUGGACUUCAGCUUUAAUAAUUAAUACUUAAAACUUCAUACUUUGGGCCUGGAAUCAUAUAAUAUAUCAUAAAUAAAUAAAUAGCCACUCUUAUUCAGAUGAAAUUCUGAUCUGGUUCUACGAAUAAUGGUGAGUGUGUCUGUGUGGUGUGUGUAUUGUUGGGUGAAUUUGUUUUUGUAUGUUA